AUGGUUUGCAUAGGGGAUUUUUGUACGGUGAUAGUGGAAUGCGGUGGAUUAGGGUUUUUGAGUCGACACUUUGCUUCGUUGACUGGAAGAAAGGGACUUAUAGAAAACGAUUUGAUUAGUGUUUGGGCUAAUCCAAGACUUCGUCGAUUCUUCUUGGACGAAGCUCCCAAGAAGAAGAAUUAUGAGAAGUACUUUCCUAAAGCUCCAAAAUAA